AAAUUAGUACUCGUACUUCUUUCUGACUAUAGCUCACCUCGUAGCUAUACUCGUUAUUGCCGGCGACGCGAUAAUAUCUCCCACUUUAGUUUUUUUUUUUUUUUUUUUUUUUUUUAUCUUUCGAUAAACAAUACAUCAAACAUCAAGCGUACCUACCUUUAAUUCAGCUGCUCCUCAGCCUUGCGCACAACUCACAAGUCUAUCCUAUCCCGACUUACCUUGUCUCUUACCUGCUUGCCGCUACGCGCACGCCGGCCAAUACAAAAAUGGGUCUUCCACUAUGGGUAGAACCAGAUGAAUCUGGCUCUAGCGACAAGAAACCAGCGAAAUCUUCUACUGAUCCCGCAACUGCCCGAUCUCCAAUUCGUCGCUCAACUUCGCCGCGUCGGACUGCUAGCUCUAGGUCUUUUGACCGACGUCUUCAGCACAUCCGCAACGCUCGAGCCCAGCGUCUUAACACCGUUGUGUCACAGCAAGCCAAUAAUAGUGAAGAAGGGUUAGACCUCACCGGCCCUGCUAGCAUGCCAGACUAUGUCUCUCCACUCUAUUCUGUUAUCCCGGGAUAUUCUGCUGCUGCAGAACUCGAAACGGCAGGAAUACCUGUCUCUCUCCCCAGCUCCCACAGAGCAACUGUCCCCUCCAACCCACCGGGCGUAGAAAUUUCCUCGGAUGACGAGCUGCCCGCCUUUGGGGACGCGGUUCUUCGCAAUUCUACUCGACUCAGAAGCUCCGCACUUUUUCGACCCCUACGCUCCAACGAAGGCAACAACGGGAUAUCCGCGGUUAAUCUUGAUACAUACCUACAUGCGCAUAGUUCAACUAUGGAGGACUCUUAUAGAACUCGGUCUAGACGGACUCCAUUCAACGUAACACUGGACCGCUAUGUGGAUCGAUUUCGUCUCCUCCGAGAAGAAAUCCGAGACUUGGAGCCAAAUCUCACUCGUGUAGCUCUCCCCUCUGUUUCUGCUGGUUCGUCCACGGAGGAGCGCUUAGCUACAGCGAUGCAAGAUGCUCGCGAAAUGCGGGAAAGGCGACGGAGAGUGGGUUCAAUUGGACGCCGGGAACGAGCGCAUCGAGUUCGUUAUGUCGAUGGGCUGGGAGAUCGCGAUCGCAGCCUAAGCCCGGAGGGAGAUGGGGUAUGGUCCAUCCUGCAAUCGACUUUAACCAUGGACCCACAACCACCUAGUGUUGGUUCCUCGUUUGCUUCCACUACAGCUUCGACUAUAGCGUCCCUUACCCCUACUGUUCCCUCAUCUCGCACCUCCACUAGUCCAAACGAAGAGGUCGAACCUCCUUGCGACCCAGUCGAUGAACCGGAAGGUACUGCAGAGGAUAGCGGCGCCGAUGCUGAAGGUGCGGAUCGUUCUAGACGACCGACCCCUCACGGUAGACGAUCUUAUGCAGCAGUGGCUGCUGACAGACUUCCCAGCGGUGAAAUAUCGCCUGACGAUCCCGAAUGGCUUUCAGGUAUGCAUCGCAUUGUUAGUGGGCUUGCAUCUAGGCAGGACAUUCCGGAUGAGUGGUGGGAACAGGCUGGCCUCAGCCGUUCGAUGUCGUGGGGAUGGCCCUCUUAGGAGUUAAAUAUCACGAAUAUCACAAAGGAAUGGUGGGAGGUUCCUGGAAUAAGGAAUCUACCUGGUUAACGGAAGGGACUUGCGAAAAUAGGGUUUCAUGGGGUUUGCAUUAUGUUUUCAUUUUGGAACCCGGAUUUGGGCGCUCCAGGACUCAAAAAGGAUAUGCGUUUUAUGGCGUAGUGGGAUAUUGAUCUGCUCUGCUUUCAGUAGAGUAAGCCCGAAGUUAUAUUGUUGGCGUUGUAUUAUACUUGUAUGAAGCUUUUACGUAUCCAAGGGGACUAAGCAGGAAGAUAGGGAUGAGAUACAGGUUCUAUGGGACUGAGCUUACCGUCCACCAUAGGGAAGUGUAAGUAAGAGUUCGGUUGUGGCAACUUAUAUGUUGCCGAAGAAGUAUGAGAUUGGUUCUAUCUCCCUUAGUCGACAUUAUUGCGCAACGAGAUAAUUGAAUAUUGCCUUUUCUAUA